UUGCGUCCUGGCGCUCCGCGCCUUCGUAAAGCGCCCCUUCUUCCUCACUCCGGCCGGCCGGGUGGUGAGUAAGGGUGAGGGGAUCCGCUGUGCGGCGGCACCCAACUCCCUCCCCCGCGGAGCCGUUCCACUCCCUAAGGAAGGGGGAGUGCCAGGCCCUUCCUUUGCGCCAAACCCCGGAGAGGGAGAGGCUUGCCUAACCCCUCCCACCUCGCCUCUGGCGCUUCGCUUUCCACCCUGCCCCGGAAUAACUUGUUCCGUCAUUGCUGAUACCAAGAUUGAACAUGUGAGAGAGGGAGAUGGCUGCCCUCAGUGGCUCAAGGAACUGUGUUUUAGUUCGACUGACAUCUUUGGCUAGUUGGGGAAAGUGCAUUACUCCUUACACAUUUUCAAGUGAAUCUGUGAAUGGAUCCCAGCAUCAGGUGACUAAGUGCCAGCCAUGGAAUAAAAGCAACAGCACAAGAUACUAUUUUAUGACUGAAAGUUCCAACAUCUACAGAAACUUGAUGAAUAAAAACCAAGGGUGGCUUUUGAAUCCUACGAAUGUAGAAAUAUGCAAAGUUGAACACAGAUAUUCUAAUAGGACUUGUGCUCUCUCACAUCCAUGGGCAAGAGGAAAGGAAGUAUUAUUUGGAACACUUUCUUCCCAGAAAUUGCAAAAUGUUAGUGCUGCUCAGAAUGUCCAGAUCUUCAGGCCUUUUCAUGGUUCAUCAGCAUUGAAUGCUGCUCCAAUACCCCUCUUAUUGCUGAUCUUGAAGCCAGCUCAGAAACUUCUUGCUAUUAUCCUGGGGAGGAGCAUAAGAAAAUGGUGGCGUGCACUUCCUCCAAACAAGAAAGAGCUAUUUAAAGAAGCUGCAAGAAGGAAUAAAUGGAAGAUAGUUCUUGUUCUGUGCAGCUUAGGAGUUGUAUUUAUCAUGUUUUAUUGUACUAAUUUGGAGGCCACACCAAUCACUGGACGUGCUCGGCUUCUGGUAUUUGGGAAGGAGCAUUUUUCUGAAUUAGCCCAAUUGGAGUAUGACAUGUGGGUAGAAGAAUUUAAAAACAAAAUGCUGCCAGAAACAGACCCCCGAUAUCAGGCAGUCAAAAAAGCCGUGAUUCACCUAGCUGAAAGCAACAAGGAUAUUCCACAGUUCUCCGAGUUCAAAUGGAUUAUCCAUGUGGUGGAAGAGCCGGGAAUUAAUGCUUUUGUACUUCCAAAUGGACAAGUGUUUGUUUUCACUGGUAUGCUAAAUGCUGUGUCAGAUAUCAAUCAACUGUCUUUCAUUUUGGGACAUGAAAUUGCUCAUGCUGUUCUGGGACAUGCUGCAGAGAAGGCUAGCCUGGCUCAUUUCUUGGAUUUCCUGUCACUCAUUCUUCUCACAAUGAUUUGGGCUGUCUGUCCUCGAGACAGUCUAGCAAUAAUAGGCCAGUGGAUCCAGGCCAGAUUUCAGGAGUUGCUGUUUGAUAGACCAUAUAGCAGGACAUUGGAAGCCGAAGCUGACAAAGUUGGACUUCAGUUUGCUGCUAAGGCUUGUAUGGAUGUAAGAGCAAGUUCUGUAUUCUGGCAGCAAAUGGAACUGGUUGAGAUGAUUGAAGGGCAACCAAGAUUGCCAGAAUGGCUCUCUACACACCCGUCGCAUGAGAAUCGAGCUGAACAUUUGGACAGACUUAUUCCAGAGGCACUUAAAAUAAGGGACCGUUGCAAUUGUCCUUCCUUGCCUAGCCAGGAUCCACGCCUUAUUUUCAGCCUGAGCAUGCAGCAUCUCCUGCAAGCAUCCAAAGAGGAGGAAGGCCCAAAUGCUACUCAUCAUGGUCUUGACAAAACAAAAGGGAAACAUCUCAGUAAAAAGGAGAAGAUGCCUGUAGACAUUGCCGGUGGUAAAGACCUCUCAAGGUGAAGGCAGAAAUAACUCCUCGCAUUAACUUUACCCAAAUGUUCGUUGCACAGUAGUUUUUCCUCCCCCUUUUAAAAAUGUUUUAAGGAUUUGAAAUGGCAAAAUGAACAGACAGCUAUGAAUCAUGAUCUUGUGACAGUGAUGUGUCAAUGGAAACUCAACUCUUGCAUGGACAUGCAGAAGAAUACUUCAAAUGCACAGUGGAGGAUUCAUAUGCUUGUUGGGAGCAGUUUCAUAGAAGAGCAAAGAAAACCCUUGUUUGCAUGUGUGGGGUGGCUCCCCACAUAGCACUGUAUGAGCUGAGAGGCUGCAAUAGCAAAUGCUUGCUCACAGGGAAAUGAUAGCUGUACUGUCAGAAUUGAACCAGCAACAAAUGUGUCAUUUCCAGAUAAUGUUGUAAUUGCCAAUUUUUGUUCUCAAUAUUUCAACCGGAUUUUCAGUGAAGUAUUGGGUGGAGGACAAAUUUUGGAAAAGUGGAAACAUUGCUUCUGUCUAAAUACCUAUACCUGGCCAGUUCUUGCCGUGUGGUUUUAAGUUAUAUCCACUGUCUUAUGUCAUAAAACGAAGCAGUCUUCCUUACCUAUGUAAUACAUCUGUAUUUGCAGUAAGUUCAGUUACCUCUGUCCACCUUUAUUUGAGAAAUAAUGAUAAGAGUUAAAAGAAGCAAGAAGCAAUCAACUGAUCCAGUCGGCUAGUCAGAAUGGCACCUAAUUGGUUGGCUUGCUGCUGGGGUUCUCUUGUUUUGUACUUUAAAAAGACAGAUUGGGUCAUCACUUCACUUUAAAGCAAUCUCAAAGGACUGUGCAGUUAACCUUAUAAUGUAAAAAAAAUAUGUUUGUGUGGCACAAGGUGAAGUUUUGGCGGUUAAUAUCUGACAGAUAACAGAAGAGUGUGGUAAAUUAUUUGUCAGCAUCUUAAGUAAAGAAGAUGCUACUUGAAAAGUUAAAUUAGUUAUACUAGAACCUGUUCUGAACACAUCAGGGCUUAGAUGGCCAGUGAUGGGUGUUCCAGGAAUCUUGCUGGAGUUGAGCAACAUGCUGUGUGAUGCCUGCCAGGCAUUUUAAAAGCAGCCAGGCAUUCUCACACCACAUCAUUUAGAGAUAGUAAUGCUGCUCUAGAAUAAGUGCUUUGAAGCAUAAUUUCUUCAGUAUUCCUGUUUGGAACCUAAUAUUUAAGCCUUUAUGCCUUUCUGUUGCCCUUGUAAAGUCCCUUGUUUUCACCAUAUGUUUCCGUUCUUUUGAAUACGCCUGUAGUCAUUUCUCAGUUGUGGUUGCUAGAGUUCAUUAUACUGCUGGCCAGCACUGAGAGAGUUCUUGGUGUUUUGUCCUUUUUAGGAGUUCAUGGUUGUUGGAACAUAUCCCUUAUCUCAAACGUUUGCUUGCUCCAUAAAAGAGAAAUCCCUAGCUCUGUGUAGUUUUGUAGAACAAAUACUCACUAAUGAAUACUUCGUGUGCUAUAGCAAAAAGAAAUCCCCAUAUUUCCACCAUUGGUCAACCAUAUGUUUUCUGUAAUAUUUGAUGAAUAUCGACAGUAUGCAUCCUUAUUAAAUCUAUGAAAACCUGGAAAAAAUUGGAGGGGAAGUGGUGGAGGUUUUCUUCCACGUUUUUCUGAGGAAUGUUUCCAGUGGAGAAAAUUGAAAAUAAAAAAACCAAACUCCUACACAAUAUUUUUUGUUUCAGAAUGAUACAUGAAAAUAAUGUUAUAAAGAGAAUAUUGCUAUAACCAUUUGUACUGCUGCAAUAUUUCUAGAUUCAAAGGCUAGUGAUGUAAUAGGUUGGCCAUUGCAUUUGUCUAUAUUGUAUGUUGGAAAAUAAUUUUGAAAUGUUGUAGAAUACAGCGUCUUCAGUUUCUUUGUGAGAUUUGGAUCUGCCAAACAUAUUACUCUGCAGCAUUGUGGCAAGACAUUUGUCCAACAAAGAACUUGUCUCCUCUUGCUUCUCACUUGUCUUGAAUUCCUCCGUCAAGUGAAAUAACCUGGUGCAUGUUUGAAAGUACGUACAUAAAGUCAAGGAACAAACAGUGAAAGAGUUGAGAAGCUUCUUUUAAUUCAUGCACACUUUCCAGAUUCUGCAAUUUGUAAAUCUCAAAGUGAAAUUCAGAAUCAGCAGCUAUGGAUCUUUUACACACUGCUCAGAUAAAUACAUUUGAAAUGGUCAAAAUGAAAAUAGAUGAUGCCGCUGUACAGUCCCUGAGUUUGCACAUCACUUUAUGCCCACAGUAUCAUGGUCUACUAAUCCACAAUGAGGACAAGCUGUGUUCUGGUUCCUGCAGCCUUUUCCUUCCUGCUUCACUGUUCUGCUUGAACUUAGCAUUAGUAGGUAUAGCAUUGCGUCUGAACGUGGGACUGUGGUUAAUUGCGUAUGAACAGCUUUAGACCAGGGUUAGUUUUUGGCUUACAAAUCCCAGCUUGUUUGAGUGCAAUAAACCAUAAUCCUGUGCUAGUGUGAGGAAUAAACAGGCUGCACAAUGUGCAUGCAGUACAUUUUGGUUUAAUAAGCCUGUAUUGCUGGCUUAAAGUGAUGUGCGAACACAGCCGUAUCAUUGCAGAAUUUAUUAGACAUAAGAGAUGGAAUUUGAAGCAGUCCUCUUGUUAGGGCAGAAAUAUGUUUUCUUGUGAGACGGCACAGCAAAGUAUUUCCUCUGUUUUAAAUUGCUUCUCUUUGUUUGGAUUUUGCUAAAAGAAAGCAUUCAAUAUUGACUGUGGACACCAUCAACUAACAAGCUUGUAAGUUGUAGUUUGUUGACUGACUUUAGCUGAAGAACCUGCACUUGCUGGGGAAUACUAACACCUACCUAAUUUAUCUUUAUUUGGAGGAGGAACUUUCAAGGUUGGCUCUGCUUCUGAUUGCCAGACCUGAUUCUGUGUCUCUUGAUUUAGUGCAUAUUGUUCCCAAGCCUUCUAUAGAUCAUUAUGCAAGACACCAUCGGCAACAGGUAAAAGACUCACCUUGACCAUUUCCUGUCACUUCAUUAUUUUUAUUUGUAGUGACAGGAGGACUUUUGUUGGUUGUUUUUUAAACUGAAAAGCUUAGAAAUGUCCUCAGCUAUUUGGACACUUGUCACAUAUAAGGUAAACAGAAAAGCACACUAUGAUAGAUUCCCUCUGUCCCCACAGGUUGUAUAGCUUAUACCGUAAAACCUGAUAUCUCCUUGGGGGCAAAUUUUAUGUUACAAGUAAAUGUGUGUGACAAAGUCCUGGUAUUUUUAUUUGCAUAAUACAUAUUUCUUUAAAAAGAUACUUUAAAAUGUAUGUAUGCACUUAUUUACGUGUUGCAUUUUUAUCUCAUAAUGCUCAGUCCACAUGGAACUCCCAUAGCUGCUUGCAAGCUUAACAAAUUUAUACAAAAAAAUUCAAAUAGCCAUUACAUUUUGAAAUCUUGUUGAAUUUUUUUUCUUAAUUUCUAUGCAAAACCAGCUCACAGAACCUUGACCUUCUGUGUAAUAUCUGAAUACUUUGUUAUAUGUUGUACUCAGUUGCUAAAAGGUGCUUUAUGAAUCAGAAACUAAAUUGUUUUUGGAUAAUAGAAUGCCCUGUAAAAUAACACUCCAUUUGACAGACCCCAGUUUAACUACAAUGAAACACAAUUUUGAUUCCUCUUGCGUUCUGGUCAUUCUUUGCUCAGGCAAUGCAGAGCACUUCACUUUGAAUGCCUCCUCUUUUAGUGGUUUCCUUAACUACACUGGCUGACGGAGUUCAUUUCUGCAGGGUUUUUUUCUUUGCUGAUAUCAUUGUGCUUGGUUUUAGAAAUUUGCUUCAUUUUUGUAUAG